UUAAUAAACAAUACUCUCGGAAAAAUAUUUGUAAAAUUUACGAAAUACAUAUUUUAGACUUUAGUAAAGGAAUAAACACAAAAGCAAAAUGGGCAAAGGUUUCAACAAUUACAUGUGCAAGAAAUUCUUCCAUCCCGCCUCAAGAGAUAAUCUCAAGAGGGUGUGGAUGGCGGAACAACAGGCCGAUGCCUACAAAAAGAAACAGGAGGAGCUGCGCAACCAGUAUGAGAAGGAGCAAAACCUGCACGAGAACAAGGCAAUGCUCAGCAAGGACAGCAAGGACAAGCUGAGUGUCAAUUUUAUGUACGAGCCGCCGCCAGGAGUACGCAAGGAGCGUGAAAAGGACGACGACGAGCCGGAGUACAAGUUUGAAUGGCAGCGCAAAUACAAUGCUCCCCGAGAGUCGUACUGCAAGGGCGACACCGAGAUCCGGGAUCAGCCGUUUGGCAUCCAGGUGCGCAACGUGCGCUGUCUCAAGUGCCACAAAUGGGGGCACAUCAACACGGACAAGGAGUGCAGCAUGUACAGCAUAUCCAUGAGUGAGGCACGCAAGCUGCACGCCGAAUCGGAGGCCACCGACAUCAUGUCCAAGAACGUGCUCGAGGAGCAGAUGAAGGAGGACGGUCUGAUGAUGAAGCGUUCAGCGUUGGAGCUGCAGAGCAUAAAGACCAUCCAGAGGCAGCACCAGCUGGUGCCCAGCGACGAGGAGGAUGAGGCCAAUGCCAAUCAACAGAAUCCCGAGCUCAUGUUCCUCAAGUCCCUGACCAAAAAGCAGAAGUUAAAGCUGCUCAAAAAGCUAGAGAAGAUCGAUCGGAUGAAGCGCAAGGGCGAGAGCAUCAAGAAGCCAAGCAAGAAAAAGUCUAAAAAGCAAAGGGAAGACAAAGACGGCAAGAAGAAAAAGUCCAAGAGCAGCCAAAAGGAGAAAUCAGCAAGAAAAGAAAGGAAAUCUUUGGACAGCGAGGGCUCGACCUCGUCCUCCUCCUCAGAUAGUGAUGCGGAAGACAACCAUAGAAGCCAUCACAAAGACCUACAGUCCAGGGAGCCACAAAGCCAAAGGAGAAAUGGUGCCCAACGAUCGAGAGAGUCGGAAGACGACUACCAUCGGCGACGCAAUGAUCGGAGUGAGCGUAGAGAGCGCUCCCGCUCAGGUAGCAGGGAAAGACGUCGCGAGAGGGAACGCAGGGAUUACUCCAGGCGUUAGGAAUACAGUUUUUCCCCAUGUAUUAUCAAUGUUUUU